AUGGAACUAGUAAUGUACUUUUAGGAUAAAUGUUAGAAAAUAUUUGGAUGUGGUUUUAUUCAUUAUGAUUUGAUAAACUGUUAAGCAUUUGGAUAUUAGCUCUCCUCUUAUUAUAAAACCCAGAUAUUCAUUUAUUUUGAUCUCAGUAUCCAAAAUUUCUUGAAUAAUUUAAAGCUGGCCAAUCAAUAAAUUUUAACCCUUGAGCAAAUAUCCAAUUAGUUACGAAGAUGUAUCUUUUUAUGUUGA